AUGCCUCCUCGGGAGGAUCAGAGACAAACAACCAAUAAGAUCAAGAAAACGGCCGGACGGAUGCUCGAGCUAGGGUCUUGCCUCUCGGUCACACCCCAACAGCAAGCACACUUACCAUCCAAGUCCGAGGUAGCGGUUAGACGUGUCCUGUCUCGCAGGCCCCAUGUCCUAUUCGUUCCAGCUCGCCUUUACUCUUGGGGGGUUAGGCUAGAUCGGGGCAAGUUUGGAAUGUAUGAAGAGGGCAACUAUUUCUCGAGGCACACCUACCAAGUUAUAACCAGCAUACAAGUCGCAACCAAGUCGGCCAAGUUGCAUAGACGUUCCUUCUGUUCUUUCUUCCGAGAAGCAAACACGAACGAAGGCAAGCCCACGUAA